AUGUCUGUUGAGAUCAAGCUUUUUGACAAGAGGGAUGGAUUCUACCACUUGAUCGGAUCACCACUCGCACUUGCGUCGGAACCAUAUUCCAAGAAGGCUUGGAUGAAAUUCGACUGCAUCCCAGCACUGCAGUUCCCGAAUCAGAAAUACGUUCAGGGAACGGUCUCGAAUGUAGACUGCUAUAGCAAAGUGGCUACGAUUAGAAGCGUCAGCGGCGACAUUGAAGGGAGUUAUGACUACCUAAUAGUAAGCUCAGGAUUGAGACGUUAUCUUUCGGAGGCAGGAGAACAGAUCGAAUCAAUUCGAAGAUCAACUGAAGCUAUUGUUGUGAUCGGAGGUGGUACUGUUGGUAUCGAAAUGGCAUCUGAAUUGAAAGGGAUCCACCCAACCAAAACAUUAAAACUCAUUCAGUCAAGAGAUAAACUCCUCUCAUCUGAGCCACUGCCAGAUGACUUCAAGGACCAGACGCUUUCGCUGUUGGAAGAAGCCGGCGUGGAAGUCACACGCAACAAUCGAGUCACGGACGUAACUGCCGUUAAAUACGCUGAAGGCAGCUCUGUAUACAAGGUUACCUUGUCAGAUGGUAUUCAGUCGAUGGCUAGCCAUGUAAUAUGGGCCAUUUCAAAGAGCAUUCCAAGGGCAGAUUACCUGCGAGUCGCCGCGCUCAAUAAUGAAGGACUUCCAAGAUUGAUUCGAGACGUCGCUAAUCCCAAGCACCAUUUCGCCGCUGGGGAUAUCGUGGCCUGGUCAGGGAUUAAGCGCUGUGGUGCGGCAAUGGCAAUGGGUCACAACGCCGCCUUCAACAUCCACCAACAGAUGCUCGAAUCGCAGUUUGGCCACACGCCGGGGUUUAUGGAGUUUCCUGAGGUUCCACCUAUGAUUUCGUUGGUGGUUGGGAAGAAGGCUAUUCUUUAUAGUCCGAGCGAAGGGACACAAUCCGGGGCUGAAGUGAUGAAGAAUUUCUUUGGAGAUGACUUGGGACUGAAGAGUAUGAAUUCAUCCUUAAGGAUUUCUACUGGCUGCUGACAUCUCUUCCAGUAUGUUAAAAUUACUUGGAAUUAGGAGUUCAUGAUAGCCCGGAAACGAAGUA